AUGUACGCCCUCAAGACCAUCUCCGUUUUGGCCAUUGCUGCCACCACUGUUUUCGCUGCGCCCACUCCUGCUGAGGGUUCUGCUCUCGCGGCCCGUCAAUGGCGCGGUGGUAACAGAUUCUGGAACCGCCCUUCCCCCGACGCCGAAACCACCACCUGGGGCUACGGCGGUGACUCUUCUUCAACUGAAGAGACUUCCUCCCCAGACACAUCAUCCAACUACGGCCCAGUUUCAUGGGGUGCUCAAUCCUCCGCUCCAGCAGCCCCUGCAACUUCUUCCGCUGCUCCUGCGUCAUCAGGUGGCUGGUCAGCAGCUCCGUCAAGCGCCCCAGCUCCAUCAAGCGCACCAGUCGCUUCCCCAGGUGGCGGCGGUGACUGGUUCUCUAUUGCCAACAAAUGGCGCGUGGCUGGUGGCAAGCCUGCCUUCACCGAGAGCUCCAAGCUCGUUGCCAACGCCCAAGACACUGCUGAUAACUCUGUCGGUGGAUUGAUCCACAAGUUGAACCCAGGAACCUUCGCUCAGGUUCUCGCCCCUGGUGAUGCCAGCAACUUCGAGAGCGUCUACCUUGGAGGCUGGCUCUGCGAGCUUCCAAACUCACCAGGACUCAAUGGCGUCUGCGCCUCAGCAUCAGGAGGAUGGAACCAUGAGGGACAAACCGGCCACGCUGAGAUUUUGACCGGCGACUAUAAAAGCAUCGGCUGUGCGCUCUCGUCAGCUACUGGCGUGUGGGCUUGCGAUUUGGCAUAA